CCGACCGCAUAUCGACCUGUCGACCCGCGAUGCGACGUGAUGCGACGCGUUGCGAUCUCCGCAACCGUCAGAUCCACCGCCAACAGUCGUGUCCGAUCGCCGGUUACUUUUCGCCCCGCCAGGGUCUCCGCCUGAUGGACUCAUCGUCGGCUGUUCUCGCCCUCCGGACCGCCUCUGCUUGGUGGGAUGAGGUGAACGAUUCCAGUUUGUGGCAGGAUCGCAUCUUCCACGCCCUCUCCCUUCUCUUCGGACUCAUCUCCGCCGUCGCCCUUAUUCAGUUAAUUAGGAUCGAAUGUAGAGUACCAGAAUUUGGAUGGACGACGCAGAAGGUCUUCCACCUCUUGAACUUCCUUGUGAAUGGCGUUCGGUCACUGGUGUUUGUAUUCCGUCGGGGCGUCCAGAAAAUGAACCCUAUAAUUCGACAUAUUCUUCUGGAUUUGCCUGGUCUUGCAUUCUUCACUACCUAUGCUCUACUGGUUUUAUUUUGGGCGGAAAUAUACUAUCAGGCACGUUCUGUAUCUACUGAUGGGCUUAGACCAACGUUCUAUACAAUUAAUGCAGUGACCUAUGUAAUUCAGAUUGCUCUUUGGUUGGUCUUGUGGUGGAAGCCAAUCCAAGCAAUGAUCAUCAUAUCCAAGAUAUUCUUUGCAGGUGUCUCAUUCUUUGCUGCCCUUGGUUUUCUUCUGUAUGGAGGGAGGCUUUUCUUAAUGUUGAAACGUUUUCCUGUUGAAUCAAAAGGGCGACGCAAGAAGUUACAGGAGGUUGGUUAUGUUACCACUAUAUGUUUCCUAUGUUUCUUGUUGAGAUGCAUUAUGGUGUGCUUCAAUGCUUUUGACAAAGCUGCAGACCUUGAUGUACUGGACCAUCCAAUUCUGAACCUUUUAUACUACCUGCUUGUAGAAAUUCUGCCUUCAUCUUUAGUACUCUUCAUCUUAAGGAAAUUACCGCCUAAACGUGGGAUCACUCAGUACCAUCCAAUCCACUAGAUGGAGACCGAUGCGACUUUUGUUUUCAAAGAACCCACAAUAAACCAAUUGCCUACAUAUCCAUUUCAUGCUGAAGUUUUCUGGGAACAAAUCAACAGAAGUGGCAUCCUCUGGUGGCGGUACAACUGUUCAAAGAAUUAGAUUUGCUUUUAUGUAGUUUGUAGGAAUAUAAUCAUUUGUUUUGAGGUUCGUAUAGCUACUAGCAAUAUUCUUUGGUUUAUCCUGCUUAGUAAUUCUACUCUGGCAUCUGUAAUUUGUUGGUGAUAUUUAAUUUGACAUUUAUUUGAUAGUUUUAAGGUCCGUAUAGCUGAUGUUUAUUUGAUACACACACAAUCUAAGUAUUUAUUGCUUAGAUCAUAUAAUCCAUUAUUUCAGUUACAUAUGUAA